AUGGCUACCCCCAGCGUCCUCGCUUUUGACGCUGAGGUUCGGGCCAUUGACUUUGACGUCUGGGUGCAGCUUUUCCUACAGUGCGAUAGGGCAGACGGUCUCUCCCUCUUUGACCUCACUUCUGGUGCCUCUCCUGCCCCUGCUGCUGAUGCUGACGCCACUGUUUGCUCACAGUGGGCCACACGCGAUGCUGCUGGACGUCUUGCUGUGCGUCGCCACUUGCCUACCUCUGAGCGUGCACACUUAAGCCAGUACAAGAGUGCUAGGACCUUGUACGACGCUGUAGUUGCACGCUACUCUUCCCCUGCCACUGCUGCACUUAGCCGCCUGAUGCUACCGUACCUCUUCCCUGACCUCGCUGCUUUUCCCACAGUCCCUGACCUCAUUACGCACCUUCGCACUAGUGACAUUCGCUACCGCGCUGCCCUUCCCGCUGAGUUCUGCGCUAAGAACCCCCCCCCUAUGUACAUCACCCUCUACUGCAUAGUCACCCGGCUCCCUGAAACCCUUCGCCCGGUCAGGGACCACUUCCUCUCUGUUUGCCCCACCACCCUCACCGUUGACCUCCUCGAGGAGCGCCUCCUAGCAGCAGAGAAGAGCAUAGUCGCUGUAGCAGCCUCUCGUGGUGACCCUCGUGCCCCUGUCUUUGAGGGGUGCUCCCCCUCUCCUCUCUUGCCAUCUGUUGCCUCUGCUGCUGCGGCCGACCUCGUUGGUCUUGAGUCGGUCGGUACGGCGUCUGCCCCUAGCGGGAGACGCCGCACCGGCAAGGGCAAGGGGGGCAGGGGCGCUGGAGGAGCUAGCGGGGGCGAUGGAGGCGGCGGUGGAGGCGGCGGAGGGGGUGGGGGUGGUGGUGGGGGUGGUGGCGGGGGUGGGGGCGUCGGUGGCGGCAGUGGAGGCGGAGGCGGCGGCGGCGGUGGCGGUGGGAGCGGAGGUGGCGAAGGUGGCGGCGUUGGAGGUGGCGGCGGUGGAGGAGGCGGCGGCGGAGGAGGUGGAGCUGGUCGGGGUGGCGCUGCGCAGAGGGUCGGCUCCACUGGUGGUCAGCGCCAGCAGCAGCAGCAGCGUACUUGUGAGAUCCCCCUCCCUCAGCAGCUUCGUGUGUGGGCGGGAGUAGCUAUCUUUGACCUUGACUUUGAUGCUAUUCUUGCUGCCAUGUAUGCUGUGACUAUUAGUGAUGAGGGUGACUGUUACCGGUGUUUUCCGCCCGACCCGGGCAUUGGGACUGCUGCUCUAGGUACUGGUGAGGCUGCUGCUCUAGGUGCUAGCGAGGCUGCUGCUCUAGCCCCCUCUGGCACCCUGUCUGGUCUUUACCUCCCCUGGUUCUCUACGAACUUGGUGAGUGGUGCUGACCUACAGGAUGCGGGGGUUCACCAGUUCACUCCUGCGAGCCAGCGGGUGACCCACUGCACGAACGCUCGGACGGGCCUACACUUGACCACGUUUACACGUCGGCCGGGGUCGAGCCUGUACACAUUGACCACUGAGUCUCCUCCAGUCACUGCGUCUGGUCAGGCAGCUGCGGCGGGUCAGGUGUUUGCUGCAGCGUCCAGGUCUGGUCCUGAGUCUGCCCCCUGCUCGUGUCGUCUCCUGUCUCACGAGACUCUCCUCUGGCACCACCGCCUUGGUCACCCCUCCCUGCCUCGUCUCCGAGGCAUGGCCUCCCGUGACCUUGUCUCUGGUCUUCCCCGGUCCCUCCCUCCCCUUCCUCCGGGGCCUGCCCCUACCUGCGUCCCCUGUGUCGAGGGGCGGCAGCGUGCUGCCCCUCACUCCUCCUAG